AUGUUGCCCUUACGAACUUCUCAGCAAGAAGUAGAAGAAAUUAAACCUUUUUUACAACAAAUCCAAGAAAAAUUUGAAGGUGAGGGUGUUUUUCUAUUUGAUGAAAAUAACAAAUUUAGAAUAAUAACUAGCGACAAUCCCCGGCAACCAAAUACUUGGGAUUGCGGAGUUUACUUAUGUUUAUUCGUGGAAUUUCUCAGCCAAAAUGAACUUUACUUGCUGGAUGAGGAGAACCCCUUAAUCACUUCCCAAGAAGACGAUGAGGACGCUCAACUAGCCGAAGCAAUAAGGUUAUCAUUACUUAUCAACGAAGAGCAACAAGAGCAACAAUUACAAGAAAUACUAUUGUUUUCUUCUCAACAACAAGUUAAUUCCCAACAAAUCGAAAAAAUAGAAACUGAAAAUUUACAACAGGAAUUGGCAAAUGAAUUAGAAAAAUUAGAAUUAGAAGAAAAACAAGCCCAAAUCGAACAAAAUAUAAUUCGCAUUAAUAACCAAACUAAUUGGAUAAUUUUUAAUGCUAGUUCUUUGAGAAGUCGUUAUUCUACGGGGGAAGAUAAAAUUUAUGACAUAAAUUCUCCAUAUUUACGGGAACUUUUAAAAGAGCAAAUCAAAACUUACCACGAGGGAGAUUGA